AUGACUCUACUCGAAAAUCCCGGGAUCUCGACUUUGCCUUCGUUUUCCAAUAUCAAAGAGACAUCCGAGUCGAUCAAAGGUGUUUCGGAGCCAGAGGCGCCUUCCGUGACCGUAAAAAGCACUUUCAAUGAUUUGAAUUCAGAGCGCUCGACCAAACCUCAAUUCGAGGUAGAGGAGCAUCCCAUCGAUGUAGUAAGACCCAUCAAAGUCGGCAUCAUUGGUGCCGGUAUCGCGGGUAUCACUGCUGGCGUGCUGCUACCCGCGAAGCUACCGGGUCUCGAUUUGAGAAUUUAUGACAAGAACGCCGAUGUGGGAGGCACAUGGUUUGAAAACACAUAUCCAGGCGUUCGGUGUGACAUACCUGCACACGCCUAUCAAUCUGGCUUUUCCCCUAACACUCAGUGGACAGAAGAGUUCGCUCAGGGGGCCGAAAUUCGGGACUAUUGGCAAGGCGUUGCGCGAAAGCACAACGUGUAUCAAUACGUUCGAUCCCAGCAACAGGUGAACAAGACUGAGUGGCUGGCUACCGAGGGGAAAUGGAAAGUCACCAUCGCGCAUUUAGAUGGGUCAAACCAAAUCUACGAAGAAAAGCUGGAUGUUGUCAUCAACGCCAUCGGUCAUUUCAAUGCCUGGAAACUGCCUGAUUACGAGGGUGUUGAGAAUUAUAGAGGCGCUCUCUUUCAUUCUUCUAAUUGGGACCACACAAUCGACCUUAAGGGCAAACGCAUUGCACUCAUAGGUAACGGAGCAUCUGGUCUUCAAGUCCUUCCAUCAAUCGAGCCCAUCGCAAGCCACGUCGAUCACUAUGCGCGGAACCCAACUUGGAUUGCCGACUCCUUCAGCAGUGGAAAUGCAGGCGUACGCCGACUGGAACCAAACUUGUUCUCCGUGGACCAGCUGGAGUCUUUCAAAGAUCCCAAUGAAUACUUGAAGUAUCGCACAGAGGUAGAGAAGGGAUACUUCCAGCGCUUCGGAGCAAUCUUCAAGGACACUCCUGAAAACCAAGAGCUACGUGAGAAGUGGACUGGAAUCAUGCUGAGUCGUAUCGCCGGCAAAACAGAUCUCAAAGACAAGAUUCUUCCUGACUUCCCACCGAACUGCCGUCGGCCCACUCCAGGGCCAGGCUACCUUGAAGCCUUAACCAAGGAUCAUGUCGACUAUAUUCAAACACGUAUCAAGCGGUUCACAGAAACAGGAAUUGUUACUGAAGACGGUGUCGAGAGAGAAGCAGAUAUCACAAUCUGUGCAACCGGCGCCAACGUCGACCACGCGCCUCCGUUCUCCAUCAUCGCCAACGGCAUCGAUCUCAAAUAUGCCUGGAAGAAAGACGGAUCUUUCGGAUUUCCCUACUCCUAUCUUGGAUUUGCGACACCAGGAUUUCCCAACCUACUCUGGCUCGGUGGUCCGUAUGCAUCUGGACACAGCGGUACAGUUCCAAAUAGCCUUGAGAACCAAAUAACGUACAUUGCAAAGGUCCUGCGCAAAAUUCGCAGCCAGGGCAUCAAGUCCAUUGCGCCGUCAAAGCAAGCAACGGAUGACUUUGUGGAAUACUGUGACAACUUCUAUCCACGCACUGUCUGGACAGCGAACUGCAGCUCUUGGUAUAAUGGUGGAACCCCCGGUUCUAGGAUUCAUGGUUUGUUCCCGGGUAGUGCGUCUCAUGCGAACUAUAUUCGCAGAGAUCCACGCUGGGAGGAUUGGGAGUAUGACUAUGUCAAUCCGAGUGGUAACCGCUUUGCUUAUUUUGGUAACGGUUGGACUUCGAGGGAGUUGGAGCCGGAGGCGAUGUUGACGCCACAUCUUAGACUUCCUGGGGAGGUUGACUUGAAGUCUUGGAUGGAGGGCUGGUGGGAUGUUUGA